UGGGCCCUGCGGCUGUCCUCGCUUGGUGGGGGCUCCUCAGAGCCGCCUGCCAUGGCGUCAGAGGGGCAGCGGGAGUCCGAAGGCGAGGGCAGCGUCAAGUUGUCAGCAGAUGUCAAACCUUUUGUCCCCAAAUUUGCUGGGCUCAAUGCGGCAUGGUCUGAGUCCUCAGCAACAUGUGUCUUCCCUAGCUGUGCAGCAACUUACUAUCCAUUUGUACAGGAACCAUCUGUGACUGAACAGAAGAUAUAUACUGAAGAAACAGCCUUUGGACCAUCAACGUUUCCACCUCAGUAUUUAUCUUCAGAGAUAACGCUCCAUCCAUAUGCCUAUUCUCUUUAUACCCUUGAGUCUACACAAAAUGUUUGCUCAGUGCCUGCCUCGAAGUAUGAUUACAACCAGCCCAGCUGUUACCGGGGUUUUCGGACAGUAAAGCCCCGAAAUGAACACAGGUGCCCCCUCCCACAAGAAACAAAAGCUUUGCUUAAGAAAAAAAACUGUGAUGCGCAAAAGUUUAACAGUAAAAAGGCUGAUGGUACAAUAUCAUCUGAAAUAAAAUCAGCUAAAGGUUCCCAUCAUUUGUCCGUUCAUGCUGAGAACAGUUUGAAAUCAGAUGGUUAUCAUAAACAAACAGAUAAGAAAUCCAGAAUCAUUGCAAAACAUGUGUCUACUUCCAAACCUGAAUUUGAAUUUAGCAGAUUGGAUUUUCCUGAACUGCAGAGUCCACAGAAUAAUAAUAUGGCAGAGAUACAAAAACAAUCCAGGUGGGGACCUUUCCACUCGACCUCGACCAACAUCUCUCUCCUUGGAGAAGUGGGAAAACCAGUUGCAACAGUGUCAGAGGGUGAAAUGGUGGUGAAAAAUAAUAAUUCAACUGAAUAUGUAACUGAUAAUGCUGCUACCAAUUCCCCUUCAUGUACAACAGAGUUAUCUUGGACACCAAUGGGUUAUAUUGUUCGGCAGACGUUACCUUCAGAACUGUCACCAGCUCCUAAAAAUGUUACUUCCGUGAUAAACCUAAAGACGUUUGCUUCAUCAGCAGAUCCUAAAAGUGUUAAUUUGUCAUCCUCUGAAAUUUUAUCUUCGGAUCCUUCCUACAACAAAGAGAAACACAUUCAUCCUACUGAAAAGUCCAAAGCAUCACAAGGUGGUGACCUUGAACAAAAUGAAGCCUCAAGGAAGAAUAAGAAAAAGAAAGAAAAGUCUAAAUCAAAAUAUGAAAUCCUGACAGUUCAAGAACCACCAAGGAUUGAAGAUGCCGAGGAGUUUCCCAAUCUGGCAGUUGCAUCUGAAAGAAGAGACAGAGUAGAGUCACCGAAAUUUCAAUCUAAACAGCAGCCACAGAAUAAUUUUAAAAAUAGUGGAAAGAAGAGCCAGAUUCCAGUGCAGUUGGACCUAGGAGGCAUGCUGGCAGCUCUGGAGAAGAAGCAGCAUGCCCAGCAUGCCAAGCAGUCCUCCAGACCCAUUGUGUUCUCAGUCGGAGCUGUGCCUGUCCUCUCCAAAGAUGCCUCCUCAGGGGAAAGGGGCCGCCGCUUCAAUCAGGUGAAGACACCUCACAACCCUUUGGACUCCAGUGCCCCCCUGACGAAGAAAGGGAAACAGAGGGAGGUCCCCAAGGCUAAGAAGCCCACCUCAUUGAAGAAGAUUAUUUUGAAAGAACGGGAAGAGAGAAAGCAGCAGCGACUCCAAGAAAAUGCAGCUGCUGCCGGGGAUGAUACACCAGAUGCAGAGAGUGGUGCUGACGACCAGGCCCCUGACCAGGCCGACCCCACAGGUCCAGAGGAUAUGGAAGAAUCGGUCUCCUCCAGUCCUGCGGUUGAGGGCAAGUCAGAAGAGGGCCUUGACACAGAGCUCCAGAGGGACACGGACGCCUGCCCGCCUGCCUCUGACCUGGCCACUGUCCCCAAGAUCCACAGCCGGAGAUUCAGGGAUUACUGCAGCCAGAUGCUCAGUAAAGAAGUGGACGCUUGUGUCACAGACCUACUAAAGGAGCUGGUCCGAUUUCAAGACCGCAUGUACCAGAAGGAUCCAGUCAAGGCUAAGACCAAACGCCGGCUCGUGUUGGGGCUGAGGGAGGUUCUCAAACACCUAAAGCUUAGGAAGUUGAAAUGCAUCAUCAUUUCUCCCAACUGCGAGAAGAUCCAGUCGAAAGGUGGGCUGGAUGACACUCUGCACACCAUUAUUGAUUAUGCCUGUGAGCAGAACAUCCCCUUUGUGUUUGCUCUCAACCGCAAGGCUCUAGGGCGCAGUUUGAACAAAGCAGUUCCUGUCAGCGUUGUGGGGAUCUUCAGCUAUGACGGGGCCCAGGACCAGUUCCAUAAGAUGGUCGAGCUGACGAUGGCAGCCCGGCAGGCUUAUAAGACCAUGCUAGAAAACAUGCAGCAGGAGCUGUCCGGAGAGCCCAGGCCUCAGAUUCCUCCCAGCACCCCCAGUCAGGGCCCCUCCGCCACCACUGGAGAAGAAGAACCGCACUACAUUGAAAUUUGGAGAAAGCAUCUGGAAGCAUACAGUCAACAUGCCUCGGAAGUAGAAGACUCUCUGGAGGCUUCAACCUCUCAGAUGAUGAACUUGAAUUUAUAAGAAAAGAGUUCUUCCUUGUGUGUCUUUGUGUUUGGGGCAAGGAGGGAGGAGGCUUGAAAAGACUUUGGGGCUUUUUCGUCUCAGUUUUUACUGACCCAAUGUAUUUUGUAUGACUGUUGAAUUUGGAAAUUAACCGGCAUGAAAGUGCAUGUGAACUGUGGUCAUAGGCCCUCAAAGCAGUGAAUCCCAUCAAAUGGAUGCUCAGGUAUAUGGCAGAAAUCUUGUCUGAAAGCUUGGUGAGGCAGCUCUGCCUUUCUGAGCAUACUGUGGAUCUGGAAUGUACUGGAAAUGGGGUACUUGAGUACUGGGGCUCCAGGGAAAUUUUGCAUUGCAGCGUAACUGAGCCGUAACUGAACUGAGUGGGGUCUGCAGCAAGCAGCAGUUGUGCUCUUGCCUGCAGGGGGCCCAUGGUGAGGUGACUGGGGGGAGGUGCCAAUCCCUUCACAGGAUCACUGACAUAGGAGCAAGAGGGCACUGGGGAGGGCCCUUUCUCAGGGGACAUAGCUCUUCACCUUAACCAUAGAGAGGGUUUGCUAAAAUGAGCCUCAGAAGGAAAAUUGGUUUUCUAACCUGUGACGUUUUUAACCUGCAUUAUUCCUUUAGUCUUUAUUUUCCAAAGAAGCAAUGUACAUUGAAAUUCCUAGUUUCAGUUUAAUAAUCUACAAAUCUUUCUUAAGUAAACAUUUUCUGAAUGUGGUUUCUGUCAUAGAGGCCAGGGAACAGAGCUUACUUUCAUAUUUUCCCUGUAAGAGGGCAUAUUUAUUUUGAAUAAAGAGUGAUUAUUUAAUCUUG